AUGGGCUCCAGCAUUAGCACACUGGACAUUGUGGUCUGUGCCAUUUUAAUCUCAUGCAGCGUGAUUGGAAAUCCAUUGCUGAUUUACUGCACAAGGAGAUGCAUCAGUGAGAAUUCACGAACCUCAUUCAUACUUAUAGUCAACCUUGCGCUUGUCCAUCUUCUGCAUAACUUGGUGGUGAAUGUCUUUAAGAUUGCUUAUGCAUCUGGUGUUGGGCUGGAUUCAGAUAGGUGCAAAGUUCUUGUGUUCUCAUCAACCUUUACUACUUGUCUUGCCAUAUGGUCCACAUUAUACAUUGUCCUGUUCUACUGUUUUAAAUUGUGUCAAGUGGUGCAUCCUCCAUCUGAAGCUAUAACUACAGAGCGUUGGAAGUGUCACUUGGUCCUAGUUGGUAUUCUUUGGGUUGCUGGUUUUGCAGUUUGCUGCCCAUUUUCAUUUUACACAGGAAAAGCUGGCAAAGUGUAUAUGGGAAAUGAAACUUACCAGCAACCCAGCAGUUUCAUCUAUGAUGAAUGUAAGACAGAAUAUAAAACGUAUCAUGUGGAGUUUUUCUAUGGAAAAUUAUUUCGAGUGGCUAUUGAUCUUCUUCCUCUUCUAAUUAUGCUCCUUGCUGGAUUCCGAAUAACACACCUUCUUUGGGAAUAUAAGAAGGCAACAUAUGGUGGCAUAUGGAUUGGGCGUGAUGCUAGUGAAACUGAGGUUCUUAGAGCAUGUAAACUUGUUCUGUUAUUAAUAUUGGUUAUUACUUCACUUUGGAUUUCUAAUUUUAUCCUAAUUUACUGCCUGAAGAAUUUUAAAUUUAAUUACUUUGUGCCACCUGUCCUGACAGUUCUGUCUUCAGGAUAUUCAGCUGUCAGUCCUUUUCUCCUUAUGUUGAUUUACUACAAAGUAAUAGUGAAGGUGAAGUGUUUCUGUUAUAAGGCUGAGAGGAAAACAGGUUCUUUAUCAACUGUAUCUUCUUCUGUAGGCAUUUCUCCAUAUGCCUAG